AUGGGCCCCGGCGAGCCUCGUCAGGGCCGCGGGCUCGAUUGCUGGCUCUGGAGGUUCGUGCCGUUGGUUGCUCACGGCAAACAGCGCCCAGCGGCCGACCGGAGGGCCGUCCAGGGCCUUCUAGUACGGGGCCAUCUACGCAGCGCACUGGCGCUGCUGGCAAUAGCUGUCCUGACCACUUGCGCGCAGCCGCAACAGCAGGAACAGCCGCGGCCACAGCCGAACAACGUGCCGGUGAUCGUGAUCGACAUCGACACGCUGCGCGCCGACCACCUCGGCUGCUACGGCUACGAGCGCCCCACCAGCCCGAAAAUCGACGCCUUCGCUGAGGAAAGCGCACUCUUCUCUUGGGCCUUCAGCCAGGCUCCGAACACGCCGCCCUCGCAAGCUUCGAUCCUGACCGGUCUCUACCCAACAUCCCACGGCCGGAUCCAAGACGCGGACAUCUUGCCGGCGGCGGUGGUCACCCUGGCGGAGGUCUUCAAGGAAGCUGGCUACGCCACCGCUGGGAUCGUCGACGGCGGGCUGGUAGCGGCCGAAUUCGGCCUCGACCAGGGCUUCGAUCUCUACGACGACGAGGCUGGCGGGUUGGCCAAAAUCGACGGUAAGGCACGCGACUGGCUACGUCAGCACAAAGAGCAACCGUUUCUGCUCCUGGUGCACACCUACGAUGUGCACUCGCCCUACGAUGACUCGCCCGAGCCGUUUCGCUCCGCUUUCCUCGAUCGCGUCGAGGUGCCGAGCGAGAACUUCGUCCGCCAUAUGACCUGGGAGAUGUCCAAGCGCAACAAAUCGCGCUGGGAGGACGAGCCAUACCAGCUGUCGCAAGUGGAAGUGGAAUACGCCAAGGCGCUCUACGACGGCGGCAUCUUGCACGUCGACGAUUGGUUCGGACAGUUCGUCGAUUUCCUGCGCCAGGAGGGGAUCUACGACCGCGCCCUGAUCGUCUUCGUGUCGGACCACGGCGACGAGUUCGAAGAGCACGACGCGCUAUUCCACGACCGGCUCUACACGCCGGUGACGCGGAUCCCGCUGAUGAUCCGCUUUCCCGGCGGCCGUUGGGCGCAGCGUAUUGACGCUGCCGUCGAGAGCGUCGACUUGAUGCCGACCCUGAUCCGCGCCGCCGGCCUGGAACAGCCGAGCGGCCUGAACGGUCAGGAUCUAUCGCCGCUGAUCGAGAGUCGAGGCAACUAUCGCGAGCUGGCGGUCAGCGAGUCGCCCUACUUCGGCCGGCGCAUCGCCCUGACCACCAACGAAUAUCGGUUGCACUACACCGCCAGAGACGGCAGCGGCGAGCUGUAUCGCUACCGUCAGGACCCGCUCGAGUUGGAAGACGUGGCGGCCCAAAACACCGACCUUGUCGAGCGUCUCUCCGACGCCGCCCGAGGCUGGAGUGAAAUGGUCGAAGCCCACAGUCACGAAACCACCGCCGCCGAGAUCGACGACUCCACCUUGGAGCAGCUCCGCGCGCUGGGCUACAUCGACUAG